AUGCCAGAGUUUUUGGUCAGCGGUAUGCUUCAGAGUACGGAGCACGACAUUGCGGAGUUCGCAAAGGAGCUUGGUCAGGCCGAUAAUAACAAGGAUCGCAUUAGUAGAACGAGAGCUCGUUAUGAACGAGGGAAUCUCUCUAAUCUUGCCGGGAGCUGCCAGGCCGGAAUGACAGCUAACCUGUCCUAA